CCCCAAUUCAUUUGCCGGAUACUACUCAUAUAUACCAUUUAAUUUCUCAUUCAAAUUCUUACUCAGCACAUCUACGAGGUACCGACACAUUUACAAAACACUGUAUUGAUGUGUCUGACACAGUUAUGGACACGAUUCUUGUAAGACACACUAUACCUUAUUAUUUCACUCUUUAUUUUCCCCUUCCUUAUAAAGUCUAAGUUCGUUAGAUUUAGUGGAGGGAAAAAUUUUCUUGGUUAAGUGACUGACAGGUACAACCAAAAUUGAUUUUCAUUUUGACCAAUGAAAGGGUAUUGUUUAUCACACCAGUCACCAUCAAGAUAAGAAGAAGAUCAACCAUUAUUAGUGCAGCAAACAGUAACUAGAGAUGGGAGAUAAAAGGCUCAGAAAUCAUGGAAGAAACUUUAGAAUGGUUUCCAUUGUGACCAUGGAAAAUUACUAUGAUUCUGGCUGGCACAUGGGCACAAGCUGGCCUCAAUGCAGUGAUCAUUCUUCUUCCUUUGCAAUACCUGCACAAAUACUACCUCAUGUUUCUGAUUCUGCCUCUCUUCAAUUUGGUGAGUUCCACUCAUGGCCACUACCCCUUGAAGGGGUUGCAGAAGAGAGAGCAAUAAGUGCUUCCAAGAGUCACAGUCAAGCCGAGAAACGGCGAAGAGAUAGGAUCAAUGCACAGCUUGCAACUCUCAGAAAACUCAUUCCUAAGUCUGACAAGAUGGAUAAGGCAGCUUUACUAGGAAGUGUGAUAGACCAAGUGAAAGAUCUAAAGAGAAAGGCCAUGGAUGUUAGCAGAGCCUUCACAGUUCCAACUGAAAUUGAUGAAGUAUCAAUUGACUAUGACCAUGUUCAAGAUGAAAGCUGCACCAAAGUGAGCAAAUUGAAGGAAAAUAUGGUCAUCAAAGCUUCUGUUUGCUGUGAUGAUAGACCAGAAUUGUUCCCUGAACUCAUCCAAGUCCUCAAAGGAUUGAGACUCACAGCAGUUAAAGCUGAGAUAGCCAGUGUUGGUGGAAGGAUUAAAAGCAUAUUGGUGCUUUGUUCUAAGGACAAUGAAGAGGGUGUUUGCCUUACCACUCUCAAACAGUCCCUCAAAUCUGCUGUGACCAAAAUUGCCUCAUCAAACAUGGCAUCUAAUUGUCCCACUAGAAGUAAGAGGCAGAGAUUCUUCUUGCCUUCUCAUUGUCUAGAGUAACUUAUUUGUUGCAAAAUCAUCUUUUCCCCCCUUUUUUUCUUAGGAGGGUCAAUUUCAGUGGGGCAAUUAUUUGCUCCAUUUUUCAAUAUUUAUAUACCUAUCAAAUAUAUUCGUCCGUCAAUUAGGAAGAUGAAAUAUUAGUUUUGUGCCUCCAAUUAAGGCAAAGUUAAAGAAUGGGAAAUUAAUUGAAAGGAAUGGAAAGGAAGCAAAGCAAAGCUUUUUUUUUUCCCCUUC